AUGGCGACUACCAUUGAACGUAAUGCUGCUGAUUCAAUCGAUGAUUUAGUUAACGAAGCUGAAGCAUUAAAAACACGUCUGGAAGAAGAACGUGUAAAAUUUAAUGAUAUGGAAUUAACAACAGUCGCUGAAAAACUUGACGCCUUGCUAUCAUUCAACACCAGAUCAAGACGAUUACUGAAAGGUCACCAAGGUAAAGUUUUGGCAUUGGAUUGGUGUACUGAUAAACGACACAUGGUUAGCACAUCACAGGAUGGAAAACUCAUUGUCUGGGAUGCAUUCACUACAAAUAAAGAAAGUGUUAUUACACUGCCGACAACGUGGGUAAUGGCUUGUGCUUAUUCUCCAUCUGGCUCAAAAAUUGCUUGUGGAGGUUUGGACAAUAAAGUGACACUUUAUUCACUUAAUUUCGAUGAAGAUGUUAAUAAACAUAAGAAAGUCAUUUCUAAUCAUUUAAAUUAUAUAUCAUCAUGCAAAUUUAUGCAUUCUGAUCAACAACUUUUAACUGCAAGUGGUGAUAGCACAGCAAAAUUGUGGGAUGUUGAAAGUAGUACAGCUAUUCAGACAUUUCAAGGUCAUCAGGCAGAUAUAAUGGGCAUCGAUGUGUCGCCAAGUGAAAGCGGCAAUAUAUUCGUGUCUGGUAGUUCUGAUCACAUGGCAAUGGUUUGGGAUAUACGUACUGGUCAAUAUGUACAAAUAUUUGAAGGACACGAAUCCGAUGUGAAUUGUGUUCGAUUUUAUCCGAGUGGUGAUGCGUUUGUUACCGGCUCAGAUGAUGCAACGUGUCGUUUGUUUGAUUUACGAGCUGAUAGACAAGUAGCAAUUUUCAAAAAAGAAUCGAUUAUAUUUGCUUGUAAUGCUGUGGAUUUUUCAUUGAGUGGACGACUAUUAUUUGGUGGUUAUAACGAUUAUUGUAUUAACGUCUGGGACACAUUGAAAGGUUCUCGUGUCGCAAUAUUAUAUGGACAUGAAUAUCGUGUUAGUUGUUUACAGAUAUCACCAGAUGGUACAGCAUUGGGAACAGGAAGUUGGGAUAGUACUCUAAGGAUAUGGGCUUAA